UCGGAACCGAGCGGAACGAACUACGGCCCGUGGUUCGGGAGGACCAUGGGAGCGUCGCCGGUCGAUCUGCCCGACGAUUGACCGAACCGGACAGUCACAGGCACGAUGUGACUACCAGCGACGAAGCAGCAGCACCGCCAUCGCGGCCGCGGCCGGUGGUCCGCUCCGUAUCAUGCACCAACGGUGGCCCGCACGGUUGCGUCGCAACCGGCGCCGGCCCCGACGAUGGUACGGGCGAGACCGAACUGGCCGCCGCCGUCGCGGUCGCGUCCCGGCUGCCCAACGGCACCCACUGGAUUGCGGACGAUGGCGAUAGCUACAAUUUGGGCGCGUUCGAUCAGACGAACGGUGCGUGGCCGAUCCGGCAGCCGCUGCCGCUGCCGAAGUGGUCCGCCCGGCCGGUCACCCCGUUCGUCGUCGACAAGCUGUGGCAGUACGAGGAUUUGAUCGGGCUGAUCGAAACCAAGCUGCAGCGGAUGCUGGAGGAGACGCACUACAACACGGCGAACAACUUUGUGGAUUUUUACCGGGCCUACCGGGGAGCUCACCGUCACGGCCGCGGUGAGCUGCGGACGCAUUUCCAGCACUACACCAUCCCGAUCAACCGUCGGCACCAUAUGUGUGUUAGUUUGGCAAUGGAAAUUGUGUCUAGAAUCGCUGAACAUCAUCCGGACAUUGCACGUCUGUUCUAUCUGGUAUCGUGCGAGGAAGCGCUAGACGAGACGGACUCGUACAUCCAGCACUGCGAGGAGAACGGCAUCGAGUACGCCGGGUCGACGCUGGAGAAGGAGCACGCGAUGGUAGCGAUGAAGAUAGUGGUCGGCGGGCGCGAAGGUGUGCUGAUCCUCGACCCGGGCUACCACGUGGCGCGCGCCGUCACCGUCAUGAAGGACCAGAAGUACCCGCACACCGGCUGGUUCACGCAGUCGGACGAGCCGCACUGCAAGCGCGAGUACAGCUACGCCCUGCACGACCUCAGCAGCGACUACAUCACCUGGACGGAGCGGAUGACGCGCGGCGCCAAGCAGCAGUACGAGGAGUCGCUGGUGUACGUUGCGCGUCCGUACCGCACCGCGAUCGAUGUGACGGUGCGCCGCAACCUGGUGUACAACUUCCGCUCGCUGCUGUCCCGCGACGCGAAGGGACGGGUGUGCGCCGGGCUGUACUUCCCGGUCGUGCCGAACCCGCACGAUGCACAGGUGACGCUGUUCUACGACAACGCGAACGGCACGCAGGUGAAGCAGAAGUGCAAGUUUGCACAGUUCAAAGAUCCGGAAACGAUUCCUGACCCGGUAUUGGCCCAUCUGGAAAAUUUGGCCCCCCAGCUGCGCAUGAAGCUCGGCGACCUGAUCGACCUGAUGGUGGAUCUGGCCGAGUCCGUGCACGACGUCGAGUUCGUGCAGCAGGUGCUCGAGAUUAACAACAACAUCAACGAGCUGUCGGCAGAUAAUUAAGAAAACAACAAUAACCAUAUAUUGUGCAUUUUUUCCCAACUUACUUACUUACAAACUAUGAUUCACACUAGCUCUAAUAUCUUACUAGCUUAAUAGGAGAGCGCACCGACCCAAACUAAUCGAACAAUUUACUAUUCACCAAGAAGUAACUAUCAAUCCGUGACACACCACCCUUUCAUGGGCCCAACCGCUCAUUAAGGGUUAAAGCACUUUCUAGUUUGGCUUGACCUUAGCAUAUCUACUUGACCACUGGUGUCUGACCGCGUGCGUAGUAUUUGUUUUGAUGUGUAAUUCAAAUUUUAAACUGUAACUUUUGUGUGUCGUACGAAAAACAAAACAAAACCAACAAAAUUAAUACGCGUGUUUUAAGCAACUUUUGCCACCCACACUGUACUCCAGCUAGGUUUUCCCUCCAUUAUUACUUCACAAUAUUUCUGUAUCAAUUUGUUCAAUGCCUGCCUGCCUGCCAGCACCAGCCUGUUGUUGGUGGGUUUUUCUGUUGCAAACCCACGAACGAGACCAAAUCUUCGCAAAGUCAUUCCAGCAAACUCUGGUUUGUCACAAUGAUUUGCCGCAUUGUGUGUGUGUGUGUUUUUGUUUUUAUUAGUGUCUCACUAAUUUCGUGCACACACUUUGCAAAACUGCACCACGGACGAGUAAGCAAAAGGCAUUGUAACGUGUAGUAGAGUGUCGUGUUUCUUCUCUAGCUCCAUCCUUAUUGUGGACUAUUUAAUCAUUUUUAUUCAAAAUGUGUAUUGUAAUUCUAUCAUCACUCCCCCAAAAAAGCAACAGAGUGCUUGACAAAUAAAGUGAAACAAAAACGUA